AUGAAGCAUUAUCACGAUAAUGCAAUUAAUGAAACAAACAAAUUUAACUUAAAUGUUUGUGUUGGUAUUAAGAUCCAUACAGUUGAUAUAACAAACACUGAUGCUAAACUUUUACCAUGUUUAAUUGUUGAAAAAAUUGAAACAGAUAAAAAAGAUACGUUUAAAUUAGUUUGUCACUAUGGUAAAUUGGAAAAUAUUUAUUCAAUUGAACAUCUUGUUGAUUUAAAACUGGCUUGUCCAGACGAAUUAAAACAAAUUGUUAUUAACAAUUUAAAGGACAUCACAUUUAUUGAAGCAUAUAUACUUUACGUACGUAUAUUAACAACCGGUCGAACUUGCGAUUGUAAAGGCAAGUGCUCUAUAAAACAAUGUUCGUGUAAAAAAAUAGGAGUUUUUUGUUCGGCAAAAUGUCAUUCAAAACGAGGUGGGUGUGCAAAUAUGGGUGAAUAG